AGUACAUUACUCUUGCAGAUUUCUUUCAGCUAUAUCAAUUCAAUUAUGAUGAUCCAUAGGAAAUUAAAUGGCUCACGUAUUGUGAUCGUGGAAAAACAAGAGCUUCAUGAGAAAAAUAAUGCUAAAAAUUUAAAUAAAAUUAAAAUAUGGUCUUUUUUAUGGACCAAGAAAUGGUUUUUAAGUAAUUUGUGAGCCGCGUGUCGAUGAGACAGUUGGCACGGCGACGCGCAUCCCACCUACAGUUGGCACGGCGGCGGCGUGUCUCUGUUCAAGAUGGGAAGGGAACACAAAGGUGGAAAGAUUCUCUGGAAACCGUGUCCCGGCGCUGGUGUUCGAGCCGCUUCUCUUCGCGAACUAAGCGCCGGAGUUAGGGGUAGGUUCGUCCUGGCCUCGAUCGCGGGAAUCCGAUCGAACGCGGAAGAUCCGCGGGCGAGAGCCGGAUUUAGGAAGCAUUUAUGCUCGAUGGAAAGCAAACGAAGGCUUGCUUUCCAUAGCGAAAAGGGCACAGGAAUGGCAAUGUACCGGAACUUCGGCCAAGUUCCUCGAAAAGCGUGCUCUUUUCCGGAGCCAGGGAAGCCCACCCCUCUCCGUGGCUGCGUGCCGUCGAAGAUCAUCGCCUUCUCGGUGCCAAUAGAUAAGAGGUAGAAGAGGUGGUCUCUUCUCGAACCGAAAGUUGGUUCUUUGGAAGUAAAAAAGAUCCACUUUUUACCAUAGGUUUAAAGGUUCAGAUGGAUGGCAAAGAGUACCAGGGUUCAUCGAGUCAGGGUUCCCCUGACCCUGAGAGUUGUCCAUCUCUUUUCAGGUACAUAACAUACAAAUCAGUUGCUGGUUUUGAUGUUACUCCCAGCCCUCGAGGAGAUCCCGCAUUUGCUGAAGUGCCAGAAGCUACUGAUGAUGAUAUUAAGGCCAAAUCGCUUUGCACGCCAUCACUAAGUUUGCCAAUUGAAAUGAUUGGACCUCAUCAUGCGCGUUCUAUUUCAAUCAGCAUGCCUACAACACCUUCUGCAUUUCAUGUAGAACAUUCAAAAGCAGUCCUAGAAAACGACAAUGGUGUAUCAUAUGCUACUGGUGGGCAGACAUAUCAUCCAAUUGGUGCUACUGCUAGCUUGCUUCAACAAAAACAAGCAAAGUUCCAUUCUCAACCUAUACCGGUCGGAAAUUCCCACACUAACAUGCCUCCAGAUAUGCAGUCGGAUCAUUUGGUGCGCCUGCAGCAAAUGCCAAGGAACUGUAGAUUCAAGGACAAACGCUAUGACUCCUUCAAGACAUGGUCUGGCAAACUUGAAAGGCAGAUAUCUACCCUACGUGGAAAGCCACAGGAACCGGAGGAGGUUAAUGACUCGAAGAACACUAAACCAGAGGCCGUGCCAGCAGACCGCUUCUUUGAUGCCUUAGAGGGGCCUGAACUGGACAAGUUAAAGGCGUCAGAAGAGUUGGUUCUUCCUGAAGACAAGAAAUGGCCUUUUCUUCUUCGCUUCCCUGUGUCCUCCUUCGGUAUGUGCCUUGGUGUCAGCAGCCAAGCUAUCCUGUGGAAGACGCUAGCUACAUCACCAUCCACAUCAUUUCUGCAUAUAAGCCCGACCGUAAAUCUCGUUCUCUGGUGCAUCUCACUUGCAUUGAUGGGCAUUGUGUCCGCCAUCUACGUGCUGAAGAUCAUAUUUUACUUUGAAGCAAUCCGCCGGGAGUACUAUCACCCCAUCCGAGUCAACUUCUUCUUUGCUCCAUGGAUAGCCUGCCUCUUCUUAGCAAUCGGUAUGCCACCCUCGGUUGCCGUCAAUCUGCAUGCCGCUCUAUGGUACGUGCUGAUGGCUCCAAUUUUCUUCCUCGAACUAAAAAUCUACGGCCAGUGGAUGUCGGGAGGGCAACGCAGGUUAUCAAAAGUAGCAAAUCCUUCGAAUCACCUAUCAAUUGUGGGCAACUUUGUGGGGGCUUUGCUUGGUGCAUCUAUGGGGCUCAAAGAAGGCCCCAUUUUCUUCUAUGCCGUCGGGCUGGCUCACUACACUGUACUCUUUGUGACCUUAUACCAGAGGCUUCCAACAAACGAAACACUUCCGAGGGAUCUUCAUCCAGUUUUCUUUCUGUUUGUGGCUGCUCCUUCUGUUGCUUGCAUGGCGUGGGCCAAAAUAACCGGAGACUUCGGUUAUGGCUCGAAGAUUGCCUACUUCAUCGCGCUGUUCCUCUAUGCUUCUCUUGCUGUACGUAUUAAUUUCUUCCGGGGAUUCAGGUUCUCGCUAGCUUGGUGGGCUUACACUUUUCCGAUGACCGCAGCGGCCAUCGCAACCAUUAGGUAUUCGACGGAAGUUAAGAACGUAUUCACUCAGACAUUAUCUGUUGCACUCUCUGUUAUCUCGACCAUUACAGUAGCAGCUCUGCUUUUUUCGACAGUCGUUCAUGCCUUUGUCCUCCGUGACCUUUUUGCAAAUGACAUCGCCAUCGCCAUCUCCGGUAAGAUAGCGAAAUCGAGUACGAAAGACGACGCCCGUAUAAUAGCAUCGAGCUCAAAUACCGCAGAUGUUGAAGCACCUGUUGACGGCCUCCUGUUGCCCGUUUUAUCCGGUGAACCAAUGAUCUGAAUCACAUCAUGGAACAGAGUUUGGAGGAUCAUAGUAAGUCAGCUACCUUAUGGAUUCUUGGAGACGAAGAAUGCACUUUUCCUACAGUGAAGAAGAUGGGCAUGAAUGGAGUUCUCAUCAAGUGAUGUUUUGGUAGAUGGCAAUCAUGAUGGACAGGCCACACUCAUUCAAUUAGAUUGAAGGAAAAAGUUGACAGCUUUAUAGACAAGAUAAAGAAAGCGUUCUGACCGAACCACAGAUAAAUCAUUGACAGUACUAACAAUGCCCAUGAUCUAGUGCUUCUUGGCCUUCAGUGGACCUCGACGGAUCAUACUGAGAACCUUGGCAUCAAACACCGCAUACUGCUGCUUGAUUCGUGCUAUUGCCUUCUCUGCAGAUGCAUCGAUCUUGUCCUCAUACUUCUCGUAAAGAACAGGCACUGUGAGCAGUGUCAUGAAUGCUGGUUUUCCAGGAGAGAAAAACAACAACAAUCAUUCAGGCAGCGAGGAAAACAAAGCAAAAUGGAAAGCUCAAAAAGAACUUACUUAUGUAGACCAAGGUCAAGAAAUUGACAGAGCUUCCUACAGUCGAUA